ACCCGUGUACUGGAGCAGAAUGUCAGAAUGGUGGAACUUGCAUUGACCUAGGAAAUGACACUUCCUCUUGUAAUUGCACUGCAGUUUAUGAGGGUGAUACAUGUGAUAUUUAUAAUCCAUGCUUACUGGAUCCAUGUAUGAAUGGUGAAUGCUAUUUAUUGAAUAAUAGUGCCACAUGUAAUUGCACCGGAACUGGAUAUACUGGCAUUAAUUGUACAAAAGAUGUUGAGAAUCCAGAUUUAUUGUGCCCUGCCAAUUUUUCUACUACCAAACCGUUUGAAGACGAAACAAAAACUGUACAAGAAUUUAACGUUACAGUUGAGGAUAAUUCUGGUGAAGUACUUGUCAUCACCUCAGAUUUUCCAGCUAACGGAACAUUUAGCAUUGGUCGCACUGUGGUUACAUACCAAGCUGUUGAUUCUUCUGGUAACAUAGGAAUGUGUACUGUUAUAGUCAAUAUACAAAACAUUCUCUGCCCAAUAAGUGACGCCAUAUCAACCGAUGAUGGACUGCCGACAGCGGAAUUCAAUUACACAGUGGCUGUUUCAGAUAACACACUGACACCGCAAUGUUCGACGCCUUCUGGUUUCCUCUUUCCAAUUGGUGCUACUGUAGUAGAAUGUACUGUCAUGGAUUCGUCUAUUUCGGCUGCAUGCAACUUCACUGUUCUUGUUGAAGACAUAGAACCUCCAGUUAUCGAAUGUCCUAAUGACGUCUUUCUCCAAAGUGCUGUUGGAGUACCCAGCUUAACCGCAACUUGGAACCAAGCCAACGCAACUGAUAAUUCUCAAAUAGCACCAAACAUUACAUCCACAUACAGAAGUGGCGAUCCUUUCCCAGUAGGAUCAACAGAAGUGACUUAUGAUGCAACCGAUGUUUUUGGAAAUUCCGCGAGUUGUUUAUUCAAUGUAACAAUUGAAGCAUAUAGAACAUUCUUGAUUGAGAUGCAAUUCAUAGAGGUAGAUGGCUUGUCUUACAUUUUCAGUGAAGCACUAGCAAAUGCUUCAUCACCUGAUUAUUUGUCGUUAGUAUCAAAAUUGUGCAAUUCGGUAAGCAGUAUUUCCGAUUUGUGUGAGGUGAACUUUUUUACUAAUGGCUCUGUUACGGUACAUUUUGAGAUAAGUUUUUCUCAAGGUACCAACUACACAGAGGAAAAUCUUGGGACAGAGGUAAAACUUGCGGCCUCCAGAGAAUUUAAUAUAACUUAUAUUAAAGUAACAGAUCUGAAUACACCAACUCUUGUGUGUCCAGUCAAUCAACAAUAUUUGACAGACGAUGGCUGCUUUGUUGAUCCUAAUUUUGACGUCAAUGGCACUGAUCACAUUAGUAAUUUGCUCAUUGCUACCUGUACUCCAAUGACUUUCAAUAAUACUGGAAAUUUUUCAGUAACAUGCUCCGUUACGGACAUGGCAAACAACGUUGCUUCUUGUUCAUUCUUCUACACAGUUUCAGAUGUUACUCCACCUAAUGUGGCGUGUCCAAAAAAUAUUACUGUUGAUACAGACGUAGGUGUAAAUACAGCAGCAGUAAUAUGGAAUUCUGCAGUUGUUACUGAUAACUGUUGUGGAGAUGAUGUUAAUUUGUACUCUAAUGCUACAAAUGGUACCGAAUUUCAUAUUGGAAAUACUAUAGUAGCAUUCAUAGCUAUGGACUGCAAUGACAACCAGAAUGAAUGUUUAUUUAGUAUUGAAGUUGAAGAUAAUGAAACACCAGUGCUUAACUGUCCUCCAAACCAAAACGUAAGUGGUGAUUCUGACUGCAUGGCAUCGGCUACCUGGAUGCCACCAAAUGUCACUGACAACUCUGGAGAUAUUUUAACCCCAAUGUGUGAUUAUGUGAGCGGUAGCACAUUUUCGGAUUACAGCACUAUUGUAACUUGCAAUGUAACUGAUAAUUUUGACAACACUGACUAUUGUGCCUUCAAAAUUACAAUAUAUGAUGAUGAAGACCCAGUACUUUUCUGCCCAGCUGACAUAACGGUUUGUGCGCUUUCUGGUUCUAUAAUAUCACCUAUAUUUUGGGAAUCAAUCAACACAACAGACAACUGUUGUGACAAUGUCAACAUAACAUCAAAUUACACAUCUGGAAAAGAAUUUGAAAUUGGUGAAUAUGUAGUAACAUACACCGCAACAGAUUGUUGGAAAAACAGUGCAUCAUGUAAUUUUAGUAUUGUGGUGCUGGAUUGUGAUGCUCCAGUCUUAGAAUGUUCACAAGACCUUGAAUUCAAUGCUGACCACAAUUGUAAUUCCUAUGUAAACUGGACUGAGGUGAAAGCAACUGAUAAUCACGACAGCGAUGUAACUGUGUUCUGUAAUCAAAGUGAGGGUAUAUAUUCAUUGGACAACUACACGGUCAACUGUAAUGCAACGGACAUUGCAGGCAAUACUGGUUAUUGUUCGUUUAAUUUCUAUGUUAUUGGUAAAGAUAUUACUUCACCUAUGGUGUCGUGUCCACACGAUAUUACUGAUGAUACCGACAUGGGUAUGAAUACAGCAGCAUUGACAUGGGACUCUGCAGUUGCUACUGAUAACUGUUGUGGAGACAAUAUUAAUUUGUACUCUAAUGCUACAAAUGGAACCAGUUUUUAUAUUGGACUUACUAAAAUAGCUUUUACAGCUGUAGACUGCUAUGGCAAUCGAAACGAAUGCGUCUUUAGUAUUACGGUUGAAGACAAUGAAGCUCCAAUACUUGAAUGUUCGCUGAACCAAAAUUUAAGAGGCGAUUCUGUUUGUAUGGCAACUGCCACCUGGAUGCUACCAAAUGUCACAGACAACUCAGGAGAUAAUUUGACCCCAGUUUGUGAUUCUGUGAGCGGAAGCACAUUCUCAGAUUACAACACCAUUGUAACCUGCAACGCCACGGACAACUAUGGCAACACUGGAAGCUGUACAUUUUCGAUCACAAUCUAUGAUGAAACUGCACCGAUUCUGACUUGUCCCGAUGACAUUGAGGUAUGCACCGGCUCCGGAAUUGCUUCAGCUAAUGCCACAUGGGAAUCAGCCACUGCAACGGACAACUGUUGUAGUGAUGUCAACAUAAUUUCCAACUACACAAGUGGUGAUAGUUUGUUACUCGGUGUAUACACAGUUGGAUAUGCCGCCACCGAUUGCAACGGAAAUACUGGUUACUGCCAAUUUACUGUAAUUGUUAAAGACUGUGAGCCUCCAGCACUUGAAUGCCCAAGAGCUCAAUACGUAGCUGCUGAUGAGAAUUGCCUAGGAAAUGUUACCUGGACAGCACCCAUCGUCACAGACAACUCUGGUGAUAGCUUCAUAGCAGUAUGUGAUUAUGUGAAUGGAAGCACAUUUUCGUAUCUCAGUACCAUUGUAACCUGUAGUGCCACUGAUAAUUAUGACAACACUAACUACUGUACCUUCGAAAGUGCCAUCUAUGAUGAUAAAGGCCCAGUCAUAUUUUGCCCAACUGAUAUAAGUAUUUGUGCUACAACUGGAUACAUAACAACGUCUGUUUCGUGGGAAUCAAGUAACGCAACUGACAACUGCUGUAAAAAUAUCAGCAUAACUUCCAAUUAUACAUCAGGAGAUGAAUUUGAAAUUGGUGAGAAUUUGGUAACAUAUACAGCAACUGAUUGUGAUGGAAACAGUGCAUCAUGCAAUUUUACAGUCGCGGUUUUGGAUUGUGAAGCUCCCAUCUUGAACUGUUCCCUUGAAUUUAAUGUUGAUGCUAGUGAAACGUGUUUAUCAUAUGUAAAUUGGACUGAUGUAACAGCCACAGAUAAUUAUGACAAUGAUGUUAUUGUGUACUGCAACCAAGCUGUUGGUAUAUUUCCACUGGAUAACUACACAGUGAAUUGUAAUGCAACAGAUAAGGCGGGAAACACUGGGAAUUGCUACUUUAAUUUCCACAUUUUUGAUGUUACCGCCCCUAUCUUGGUGUGUCCUGGUGAUAUUACCGUUGAUACCGACGUAGGUAUUAAUACAGUGGCAGUAACAUGGGACUCUGCAGUUGUAACUGAUAACUGUUGUAGCGAUGAUAUUAACGUGUCCUUUAAUAAUACAAAUGGCACUGAUUUUAGUAUUGGAAUUACUUCAGUAGCAUACACAGCCGUGGACUGCUAUGGCAACCAGGAUGAAUGUGUAUUCAAUAUUAAAGUUGAAGAUAAUGAAGCACCAAUAAUUGAAUGUCCUCAGAAUCAAAACUUGACAGGUGACUCAGACUGCAUGGCAACAACCACUUGGAUGCCACCAAAUGCUACAGACAACUCUGGAGAUAAUUUAACCAUAGUGUGUGAUUAUAUAAGUGGAAGCACAUUUUUUGAUUACAGCACCAUUGUAACCUGUAACGCCAUGGAUAGUUAUGACAACAUCGAAAAUUGUACUUUUGCAAUCAUCAUCUAUGAUGAAGAUGCCCCUAAUAUUACUUGCCCAGAAGACAUAGAGGUGUGCACAGAUCCAGGCAUAGCAUCAGUGAAUGUCACCUGGGAAGAAGUCAAUGUUACCGACAAUUGUUGUAGCAAUGUCACCAAUUAUACUUCAAAUUACACUAAUGGAGAUCCUUUGUCAAUUGGUACAUACACAGUAGGAUAUACAGCAACUGAUUGUAAUGAAAAUACUGGUUACUGCCAUUUUACUGUUGAAGUUAAAGAUUGUGAACCUCCAGUGCCUAAAUGUCCAGCUAGCCAAAGUGUAGCUGGUGAUGAAAAUUGCCUGGCAGAUGUCACUUGGAUAGAGCCGACUGUUACAGACAACUCUGAAGAUGUAUUUAUACCUGUAUGUGAUUAUUUAAACGGGACAACGUUUUCUAAUGUUAGCACCACUAUAGUAACUUGCAGUGCAACCGACAACCACAAUAACACUGCUAACUGUAAUUUUACAGUUACCGUCUAUGAUGAUAAAGCCCCUGCCAUAUCCUGCCCAGCGGACAUAGACGUUUGCGCUGCAACUGGUCACACAACAGCACAUGUGUACUGGAAAUUAAUCAACGCUACUGACAACUGUUGUGAUAGUUUAAACAUAACUUCAACGUAUAUUCCAGGAGAUGAAUUUGAAAUUGGUGAAACUGUAGUAACAUACACAGCCACUGAUUGCAGUGUCAACAGUGCAUUAUGCAAUUUUACAAUCGUAGUGUUUGAUUGUGAAGCUCCUGUCUUGAACUGUUCACUUGACUUCAGUGUCGACGCUAAUGAAACAUGUUUUGCAUACGUAAACUGGACUGAUGUAACAGCAACAGAUAACUAUGAUAGUAAUUUAACUGUGUUCUGUGAUCUAAGUGAAGGUAUAUUUCCAUUGGACAACUACACUGUGAACUGUAAUGCAACAGACAUGGCAGGCAACACUGGCACUUGUUUCUUCAAUUUCUACAUUGUUGAUGUCAUUCCACCUGUCUUGAUGUGCCCAGGCGACAUAACUGUAGGUACUGAAGUAGGCGUCAACACAUCAUCAGUGACAUGGGACUCUGCAGUUGUCACUGAUAACUGUUGUGGAGAUGAUAUAAGUUUUUCUUCUAAUAUUGAAAAUGGCACUGCAUUUUACAUUGGAAAUACUGAAGUAACAUUCGUAGCUGUGGAAUGCAACGGCAACCAGAAUGAAUGUGUUUUCAAUAUUACGGUUUACGAUACCGAAGAACCACUUGUAGAGUGUCCACAAGAUCAAAACUUAACAGCUGACUCUAACUGCACUGCGACUACCACAUGGAUAUCCCCGAAAGUCAUAGACAAUUCUGGAAAAACUUUCGGACCACUAUGCGAUUUUGUAAACGGGAGUACAUUUUUAGAAUACAACACCAUUGUAACGUGCAAUGCAACGGACAACUAUGACAACACUGGUAAUUGUACGUUUUCAAUCACAAUCUAUGAUCAGGAAGAUCCAGUCAUAGUUUGCCCAACUGACAUUAGGAUUUGUGCUUUAAAUGGUUUGAUAACAGUGCCUGUAUACUGGAACCCUACAAAUGCUACUGACAACUGUUGUGACAACAUCAGCAUAACAUCAAAUUAUACAUCAGGAGAUGAAUUUGAAAUUGGCGAAUAUUUAGUAGCAUAUACAGCAACAGACUGUUGGGAAAACAGCGCAGUCUAUUGUGAAGCGCCGGUAUUGAACUGUUCCAAUGACUUCAGUGUUUAUUCUAACGAAACAUGUUUUGCAUACGUAAACUGGACUGAUGUGACAGCAACAGAUAAUUAUGAUAGUGAUGUAACUGUGUUUUGUGAUCUAAGAGAAGGUUUAUAUUUACUGGACAAUUACCAAGUGAGGUGCAAUGCAACGGACGUGGCAGGCAACAGUGGCAAUUGCUCUUUCAAAUUUAACAUUGUGGAUAUUUUUCCACCUAAUGUGACAUGUCCAGAGGACAUUAAUGUUGAUACUGACGUCGGCGUUAAUACAGCGGCAGUAAUGUGGGACUCUGCAGUUGUUACUGAUAACUGUUGUGGAGAUGAUAUUAUUGUGUACUCUAAUGCUACAAAUAUUACUGAUUUUUAUAUUGGAGUUACUGAAAUAUUAUUUACAGCUGUGGACUGCUUUGGCAACGAAGAUGAAUGUGUCUUUAAUAUUGGUGUUGGAGACAAUGAAACUCCAAUACUUGAGUGUCCUCCGAGAAAAGUUUUAAAUGCUGAUUCUAACUGCAUGGCAAGUACCACCUGGAUGUUACCAAAUGUUACCGACAACUCUGGAGAUAAUUUGACCCCAGUGUGUGAUUAUUUGAGCGGUAGCACAUUUUCUGAUUACAGCACCAUUGUAACGUGUAAUGCUACGGACAAUUAUGACAACACUGGCAAUUGCACGUUUACGAUUACAGUCAAUGAUUGUGAAGCUCCUGUCUUAAAUUGUUCAGAAGACCUCGUAUUUGAUGUAGAUGAUAAUUGUACUUCCUAUGUAAACUGGACUGAUGUAGCUGCAUCUGAUAAUUAUGAUAGCGACUUAACUGUGUUUUGUAAACCAACUGAAGGUAUAUUUUCAUUCAACAAUUAUACCGUGAACUGUAAUGCAACCGACAGAGCAGGCAAUACUGGCAAUUGCUCCUUCAGUGUUUACAUGUUUGAUUUUACUCCACCCAACGUCGUAUGCCCGGAAAAUAUUACUAUUGAUACUGACGUAGGCAUGAAAACAGCAAUAGUAACAUGGGACUCUGCAGUUGUUGCUGAUAACUGUUGUUAUGAUAAUUAUUUGUCCUCAAAUUAUACUAAUGGAACUGAAUUUAGUAUUGGAAUUACUAAAGUAAUAUUCUUAGCUGUGGACUGUUUUGGAAACAAGGAUGAUUGCGUAUUUAGUAUCAAUGUUGAAGACAAUGAACCGCCGGUACUUAAAUGUCCCCCGAACCAAUACUUGAGAGGUGAUUCUUACUGCAUGGCAACGUCGACCUGGAUGUUACCGAAUGUAACGGACAACUCUGGGGAUAUAUUAAUACCAGUGUGUGAUUACGUAAAUGGGAGCACAUUUUCUGAAUUCAGUAGGCCUACCAUUGUAACUUGCAAUGCCACGGACAAUUAUGAAAACACUGGCAAUUGUACCUUUGCAGUAACAAUAUAUGAUUGUGAGGCUCCAGUAUUAAACUGUUCUCAUGAUCUACAAUUUGAAGCAGAUGAUAGUUGCAAAUCGUUUGUAAACUGGACGGAUGUGACAGCGACGGAUAAUUACGAUAGCAAUGUAACUGUAUCAUGUAACCUAACUGAAGAUCUUAAGUCACCUAACUUGACGUGCCCAGAGGAUAUUGUCGUAUAUGCCGACGCAAGUGUUAAUACAGCAGCAGUUUCAUGGAACUCUGCAGUUACUACUGACAACUGUUGUGGAGAUAUUAUUUUGUACUCUAAUGCUACAAAUGGUACUUAUUUUACUAUUGGAAUUACUGAUGUAGUAUACAUCACUUUGGAUUGCUAUGGCAACAAGAAUGAAUGUGUUUUCAGUAUUAUUGUUGAAGACAAUGAAGCACCAAUACUUGGAUGUCCUUUGAACCAAAACUUAAGAGGUGAUUCUGGUUGCAUGGCCACUGCCAGCUGGAUGUCACCAAAUGUCACAGACAACUCUAGGGAUAAUUUAAACUCAGUGUGCGAUUAUGUGAAUGGGAGCACAUUUUCGGAUUAUAGCACCAUUGUAACCUGUAAUGCAACUGAUAAUUAUGACAACACUGGCAAUUGUACUUUUACUGUUUUUAUAUAUGAUGACACGUCCCCAAAAGUCACUUGCCCAGAUGAUAUUAUGGUGUGCACAGCUGUAGGAAUUGCUUCAUUUAAUGUGUCCUGGGAAGAAGCCAAUGUAACUGAAAACUGUUAUGACACGUCCCCAAAAGUCACUUGCCCAGAUGAUAUUAUGGUGUGCACAGCUGUAGGAAUUGCUUCAUUUAAUGUGUCCUGGGAAGAAGCCAAUGUAACUGAAAACUGUUGUAGUGACGUAAAUAUAACUACCAACUACACGAGUGGAAAUAUGUUGACUCUUGGUGUAUACACUGUAGGUUAUGCAGCAACCGAUUGUAAUAACAAUACUGGAUACUGUCAAUUUACUGUUGAAGUUACAGAUUGUGAACCACCCGUAGUUGAAUGUCCACUAAGUCAAAAUGUAAGAGGUGAUGACAAUUGCCUGGCAAAUGUCACUUGGUCAAUCCCGACUGUUACUGACAACUCUGGAAAUAGUUUCAACGCAAUAUGUGAUUAUGUGAAUGGAAGCACUUUUUCUUAUUUCAGCACCAUUGUAACCUGCAAUGCUACUGAUAAUCAUGACAACACUGACAAUUGUACCUUUACAAUUAUUGUCUAUGAUGAUGAAGACCCAGUCAUAUCUUGUCCAUCAGACAUAUGGAUAUGUGCUUUAACUGGUUACAAAACAACACCUGUAACUUGGGAAACAAUAAAUGCAACUAACUAUGUCAACAUAACAUCUAAUUAUACAUCAGGAGAGGAAUUUGAAAUUGGUGAAACUGUAGUAACAUACACAGCAACAGACUGUGGUGAAAACAGUGCAUCUUGCAAUUUUACCGUUGUUGUCUUGGAUUGUGAAGCGCCUGUCUUGAAUUGUUCUGACCUCACAUACAAUGCUGAUAAUAGUUGUAAUUCUUAUGUAAACUUGAGUGGAGUAACAGCAAGUGAUAACUAUAUCAGUGAUGUACCUAUAUUUUGCAACCAAAGUGAGGGAAUAUUUUCAAUGGGCAACUACACAGUCAAUUGUAAUGCUUCAGAUACGACAGGAAACACUGGAAAUUGCUCAUUCGAUGUUUAUAUUUUUGAUAAAACAGCCCCGAAUAUCACUUGUCCAGAUGACAUUAGGGUGUGCACAGAUGUAAACAGUUAUUCAGUUAAUGUCACUUGGGAGGGAGUCAAUACAACUGACAAUUGUUGUAGUAACAUCAGCACAACUAGUAACUACAGCAGUGGAGACAUUUUUUAUAUUGGAGUUUACAUAGUAGAAUAUACGGCAAUGGAUUGUAAUGGUAAUACUGGCUACUGUCAAUUUACCGUUGAAGUUGAAGAUUGUGAACCUCCGGUAAUUGAAUGUCCACCAAGCCAAGAUGUAACAGAUAAUGAAAAUUGUCUUGCAAAUGUCACAUGGACCUUACCGAUUGUCACUGACAAUUCUGGGGAUACUUUUAUACCAGUAUGUGAUUAUGUGAAUGGAAGCACAUUUUCUUAUCCCAGUACCAUUGUAACCUGCACUGCGAACGACAACUAUGACAACAUUGCUAAUUGUACCUUUACGAUCAUCAUCAUAUAUGAUGGUGAAGACCCAGCCAUAUCUUGUCCAGCUGACAUAGAGAUUUGUGCUGUAACUGGUUACAUUACGUCUCCAGUAUUUUGGGAACCAAUCAACGCAACUGGAAAUGUUGAAAUAAAGUCUAAUUAUUCAUCAGGAGAGGACUUUAAAAUUGGUGAAACUGUAGUAAGAUAUACAGCCACAGAUUGUAGGGUAAAAAGUGCAUCAUGUGCUUUUUCUAUUGUAAUUUUAGAUUGUGAAGCUCCUGCCUUAAACUGUUCUGAUCUCACAUUUUAUGCUAAUGAGGAUUGCCAAUCAUAUGUGAACUGGACAGUGGCAGUAACAGAUAACUAUGAACGUGAUUUGAUUGUGUUUUGUAACGUAACCCAAGGUAUAUUUCCAUUGGGCAACUACACAGUUAGCUGUAAUGCGACAGACAUGGCAAACAACACUGGCACUUGCUUAUUUAAUUUUUAUAUUGUCGAUGUUAUUUCACCUAUUGUGAAAUGUCCAGACAAUAUCACAAUUGACGCUGACGUAGGCGUUAAUACAACGACGGUAACAUGGAAUUCUGCAGUGGUUAAUGAUAACUGUUGUGGAGAUGAUAUUAGUUCGUUCUUUAAUGCUACAAAUGGAACUGAAUUUUAUAUUGGAAUUACUAAAGUAGGAUUCACGGCCAUCGACUGCUAUGGGAAUGAGAAUAAAUGUGUAUUUAUUAUUAAUGUUAGAGACAAGGAAGCACCAGUGCUUGAAUGUCCUCGGAACCAGAAUUUAGCAGGUGAUUCUAACUGCAUGGCUACUGCCACAUGGAGUUCACCAAAUGUUACAGAUAAUUCGGGGGAUAAUUUUAUACCAAUGUGUGAAUAUUUGAGUGGGAACUUAUUUUCUGAAUACAGUACCACUGUAACCUGCAGUGCCACAGACAACUUUGAAAAUACCGGCAAUUGUACAUUUAAUGUUACAAUCUAUGAUGAUGCAGAUCCAGUAAUAUUAUGCCCACCUGGGAUAGAGAUCAGCACUUCAACUGGUAAAACAACAGCACCUGUAUAUUGGGAACCAAUCAACGCAACAGACAACUGCUGUGAUGUCAGAAUUACAUCAAAUAAUACAUCAGGAGAGCUUUUUGAAAUUGGUGAAUAUGUAUUAACAUAUACAGCAACUGAUUGUAAUGAACACCAAGCAUCAUGUAAUUUCACAAUAGAAGUUUUGGAUACUGAAAAUCCUGUUAUACUUUGCCCAAUUGACUAUAAUGUGACAACAGAUGUUGGACUACCUACAGCAUUCAUCAAAUGGAAUGUUACCUACACAGACAACACAGACGUUUUGUAUGAUGUAAAAUUAACAGGACCUGGUACAAGGUAUAAUCACUCAGGAGAAACUUUUGUAAUUGGAACAACAACACUUGAGUAUACAGCAACAGAUGCAUUUGGAAAUAAUAAUACCUGUACAUUUGUCGUCAUUGUAAGAGAUGCUGAAAGUCCUGUCAUUAAUAAUUGUCCAAGAAACAUCUAUGUGAACACUACAACCAUGCUGCACUACGCGAAUGUAACAUGGAUUGCGCCAAAUGCUACGGACAAUUCAGGCAACGUAACCCUGGAAACAACUUAUACAUCUGGUGAAGGUUUCCCUCUAUCAACAACUAAUGUCGUAUACACUGCUACUGAUCCAUAUGGUAACACAGCUCUUUGUUCUUUUGAUGUGAAUGUUAUAGAUCCAGAGAUGCCCUUGUUUAUAAACUGCCCAGUAAAUAUAGAGACAAAUACAAUUCCAAGCCUUUCAUAUGCCAACGUAACUUGGCACGAACCAACUGCCAUAGAUAACUCAGGUCGUGUUAAUGUCGUUCAGUCAGCAUACCCUGGUAAUAUAUUUGGUGUUGGUACUCAUACAGUUAAUUACACUGCAACUGAUGUGGAUGGUAAUGUGGCUGAAUGCCUGUUUACGAUAUCUGUGUCUGAUAAUGAGAGACCAGUGUUUAAAUGCAACAUAACAAAUGUCACAGUAGAAGUAGAUUUUGAUAGUUUAACUUCCACGGCUAACUGGACAUUGGAGAAUGCAACUGAUAAUGUGGGUGUGGUCAGCAAAACUCAGACUCAUAACCAAUCACAUGCGUUUGAGAUUGGUACUACAGUAGUUACUUAUACAGCAACAGACGCUGCUGGAAAUGUAGGAACAUGUUCUUUCGAAGUUAUUGUAUUAGAUUUAAUACCUCCUGUUUUGGAUUGUGUCAUAAAUGUAACUGCCUAUACUGAUCCAGAUUCAGCAACUGCAAUCGUUUACUGGAUGUUACCGACUGUAUCUGACAAUAGUGGUAUUAGUCCGACUCUUGAAUCUAACUUUGGACCCAACAAUCGGUUCGAUAUUGGUACACAUGUAGUGAUUUACAAUUCCACCGAUGGAUCUAAUAAUUAUGCAAGUUGCUCUUUUAAUGUGACUGUAAUUGAUAACGUGAAUCCAUUGUUUCAUUGUCCCAAAGACAUCACCAAGGCUUUAACAGAUUUAGGAAAACCUUAUUCCACUGUAUUUUGGAAUGUCACAGUUACUGAUAACUCAGGUCCUGUAACGCUCAACUGCUCCAGAGAAUCUGGUGAUCACUUUAAUAUCAUAUGGCCAACUGUAGAAGAAAAUGUUACUUGUGUUGCGAAAGAUUCGUUUGACAACACUGCAUUGUGUACAUUUACUGUGACAGUUUUUGAUGAAGAGUAUCCUGAAAUUAAUUGUCCAGAUGAUUUUAAUUUGAAAACUGAUUCCGGGAAUUCAACCGCCGUUAUUGGAUGGGAAGUUACAUAUUCAGACAACAGUGACAGUUUAUAUGCAGUUACAGUAACAGGCUCUGGUACAAGAUAUAACCAAUCAAGAACAGAAUUUCCGAUUGGAAUUACCGAGAUUGAGUAUUUAGCAGCAGAUGUGUCCAGAAACAACAAUAGCUGUUCUUUCAUAGUGCUUGUAGAAGAUGUUGAAGAUCCAGUGAUUAUUGGUUGUCCAAGAGACAUAUUUGCGAAUACUACACAUCUGUUGUCCUACACAAACGUGACAUGGAUUGCUCCAACUGCAACAGACAAUUCUGGGAGUGUUACCCUAAAAACAAAUUAUGCAUCUGGAGAAGGUUUCCCAAUAUCAACGACUACCGUUGUAUACACAGCUAUUGAUCCAUAUGGCAACACAGUGACGUGUUCUUUUAAUGUGACAGUGAUAGAUCCGGAGAUGCCUAGGUUUACAAAGUGUUUAACGGAUAUACAGACAGAUACCUAUCCAGGCCUUUCAUAUACCAACGUGACAUGGACAGAACCAACUGCCGUUGAUAACGCUGGACAUGUUAUUGUUGCUCAGACAGCAUACUCUGGUGAUAGUUUUAAUGUAGGCAAUCAUAAAGUUACGUAUACUGCAACAGAUGAAGAUGGCAACAUGGCCGAAUGUUCUUUUACAAUCUUCGUUGAAGAUAAUGAGCAACCUAUAUUUAAUUGCAACAUCACUAACAUGACCACCUACGUGGAUAUCGAUAGUUCUACAUCCAUAAUUAACUGGACAUUGGAAGAUGCAACUGAUAAUGUGGGUGUGAUCAGCAUGACCCUGAACUACAACCAGUCACAUGCCUUUGAGAUUGGUACGACAGUAGUUAUGUACACAGCAACUGAUGCUGCUGGAAAUAAAGGAAUAUGCUCGUUUGAAGUCGUAGUAAUAGAUAACAUAAAACCGGUUAUAAAUUGCGUGCCAAAUGUGACAGUUUCUACUGAUAGAAAUUCACCAACUGCCAACGUUUCAUGGGAUUUACCGAAAACUUAUGACAACAGUGGUACUAAUCCGACGCUAAAUUCGAACUUCGAACCUUAUACUUUAUUUAGUAUUGGUUUAACUAAGGUGAUGUACACGGCUACAGAUGGAUCUAACAAUACAGAUUCAUGCUUAAUUGAAAUUAAUGUUAUUGAUAUGGAAGAUCCAAUUCUUGUAUGUCCAUCGACGCUCUCUACUGAAACUGAUACCAGAAGCGCAAAUGCCAUUGUAACGUGGGUGAUUCAAGUUGAAGACAACUCAAGAGAUUUUAAAAUAAUGUCAACGCAUUCACCAGGAUAUGUCUUUCCAAUUGGAGUUACAACUGUCGAGUAUAAAGCACAGGAUAUUUCUGGAAAUACAGCUGAGUGUUCUUUUAACGUCAUUGUCAAAGAUACUGAAAAACCAAAUCUUGUAUGUCCUGACGAUGUUAUUAGUGAUAUUAAAAAGAAUGUAAAUUGGAUUAUUCCAAAACCAGAGGAUAACUCUGAUCAGACAGUGACACUGAAUGCUUCUGCUUCACCCGAUGAUACUUGGGAACUCGGUGAACAUACUGUUAUUUAUACUGCUACUGAUAAAUCUGGAAAUGUUGACACGUGCUCGUUUAUGGUGUUGGUCAUUGAUGCUUGCAAUAAUAAUAAUAAUUGUCAAAAUGGUGGUAUUUGUCUGCCUAAAAAUACAGGUUUUAAAUGUUUAUGUCAAACAUUGUUUAAAGGAUUCUUCUGCGAAAUUAAACCGAAACCCCCAGUAUUUACAGUUUCACCAAAGAGAGCAGAGGCUAACAUUCAAGAUACUGUCAGUCUUACUUGCUCAUCGAGCAAUUCAAGUAACUGGAAGUGGUAUAAGGACAAUAGUCCGAUUGUAUCAACAACAAAUCUACAUAAUAUAACAAUUAGGAUAACAGUUGAUAAUCAAGGAUAUUACUAUUGCGGAGGAUUUGGAGCUGGAGAUUAUAGUGCAACACAAAAGCAUUCAAACAGAGUCCUAUUGCUUGUAAAAGGUAAAUAA